AUGCGGGAACCUUGUGUCCCCGCUGCUGUGCUGGCUGGUUUUGUGGCUAGGUAUAAUGCUGUGAAGGGACCUGAAAGUGGUCCUAUUGAUAUGGGGCUGUUGUGUCUAUGGAUGGAAGUCAAAAUGGUCAUUAGCUUUAGUGAGUGUUUAACUGGAGACUCGAUCAUCGAACAUAGUCAGUCUGUAGACGGUGGCUUGUGUUUUAAUCUCAUCGGACCUUCUGGUUAUAAUUGCUUAGAACACACGGCUCAAACAAAGGAUGGUUUCUUGCUAGGGCUUCAACGUGUGUCAUCAGGCAUUCUUAAUUUGGGAGCACAAACCGCACCUCCAGUUUUGCUCCUACACGGACUCUUUAUGGGUGGUGAUGCUUGGUUCAUGGAUUCCCCAAAUGAAUCAUUGGGUUUUGUUCUUGCUGACCGUGGUUUUGAUGUUUGGGUUGGAAAUGUUCGUGGAACAAAAUGGAGUCAUGGCCAUGAAUCUUUAUCAGAUGGAGACAAGGAGUUUUGGGAUUGGAGUUGGGAAGAGAUGGCUCUUUAUGAUCUUGAAACAAUGCUGAGUUAUAUAAAUUCCAAAACAAGCUCCAAAGUUUUUGUUGUGGGACAUUCACAGGGAACAAUAAUGUCAUUGGCUGCUUUUACUCAACCAGAUAUUGUUAGCAUGGUUGAAGCUGCUGCUCUUCUUUCUCCUAUCUCAUAUUUGGAUCACAUCACAUCUAAACUCGUUCUUAAUCUUGUUCAUAUGUAUCUUGAUGAGGCACUUGGGUUACUGGGAAUGCAUCAACUGAACUUGAAGAGUGACAUUCUCACAAACAUGAUAGAGUCUGCUUGUGAUGGGCAUUUAGAUUGCAGUGAUAUGUUAGCAUCCAUUACAGGUGAAAACUGCUGUUUUAACAGCAGCCGUGUGGAUGUAUAUCUUGAAUACGAACCUCAUCCUUCAUCUGUAAAGAACUUGAAGCAUCUUUUCCAAAUGAUACGCAAAGGUACAUUUGCAAGGUACGACUAUGGAAGUAUAAAGAAUCUGCUACAAUAUGGAAAACUGAAGCCACCAACAUUUGAUCUUAGCAAAAUCCCAGAAUCAUUGCCAAUUUGGAUGGCUUAUGGGGGAAACGAUGCUUUGGGGGAUGUGAUUGAUGUGGAACACACACUAAAAGAAUUGAAAUCAAAACCAAAUGUUUUGUUUUUGGAGGAUUAUGGCCAUAUAGACUUCUUGUUAAGCACAAGAGCAUAUGAAGAUCUUUAUGACAACAUGAUCAACUUCUUUAAGUCAUGUGGAAAUUUGAAUGUCCAGUAGCCUUUAAAAUCUCUACUUUGGGAACCCAAAUCUUUAGCCAAUCAAUGUAUAGAUGUUCCCAUGUACAUUUUGUUUUAGGAGUUGUAACUUAUGCAAUAAACUUAAUUUAAGUGAAAAAACUAAAUAUAAUUGUAAAUAUAUUGAUAACUAUUUAAUGAAAAACAUGGACACGCAAUACAUGAGAACAAUGGUAUUGGAG